ACCGUUUCUGUCUCAGUUGUUAAGUGUCAAAGUUCAGUAGAUGCAACCAAUAGAAAGUAACAAAAUAUAGAACGAAAGGGAUAAAAGCGACAGCUGCAAACAUCGGUUUGAUGUGAGACCUUUGAAUCAUAUUUGCGACUUCCGGUUUUGUAUUUCAAGACGUCCAGAUCCUGCUAACUGUACCACUAGACAAUGCACAGGUUAAAGAUUGUUUUUGGACAUCUGUCUCUACCUAAAGCUCAGUAUUUACACAGCGGUACGUCUCUGAUAAGUUCCGAAUGUAGCGCUCUGUCGCCGACGAGUGCAGAUGAUAUUGUUGUGGUCCACGGUGUGAGAACUGCAAUCAGCAAAGCUAAAAGAGGGGCGUUUAAGGACACCACCCCUGAUGAGCUGCUGAGUGCUGUGAUGUCAGCAGUGCUGAAAGACGUGGGGCUGCCACCAGACAAACUGGGGGACAUCUGCGUUGGUAAUGUUCUGCAGCCUGGGGCAGGGGCUCUUAUGGCCAGAGGGGCUCAGUUUCUCAGCGGGUUCCCAGAGUCAGUGCCUCUCUACGCGGUGAACAGAAUGUGCUCCUCUGGGCUUCAGGCCCUUUUAAACAUUGCAGGUGGCAUCAGAAAUGGAUCUUAUGACAUGGGUCUUGCAUGUGGAGUGGAGAGCAUGACCCUGCGCUCCGUAGGGAACCCCGGUGAUGUCAGCUCCAGGUUGAUGGACAAUGAGAAGGCUCGGGACUGUAUCAUUCCCAUGGGAAUCACCUCAGAGAACGUGGCUGAGAGAUUUGAAAUCUCCCGGGAGAAGCAGGACGCCUUUGCUCUGAGCUCACAGCAGAAAGCAAGCAGGGCUCAGAAGCUGGGCCUGUUUGAUCAGGAGAUCGUUCCGGUCACCACCAAGUUCGUGGGCGAGGACGGGACGGAGCGCACCAUCACAGUUGCCAAGGACGACGGAAUCCGGGCGGGCACAUCACUGGAGGGGCUGAGCAAACUCAGACCGGCCUUCAAACCAGAUGGGAGCACCACUGCAGGCAACGCCAGCCAGGUGAGUGACGGGGCGGCGGCCGUGCUGGUGGGGCGGCGGUCUGCGGUGGAGGCCCUGGGUCUGCCCGUUUGGGGGAUCCUGAGGGCGAGCGCUGUGGUCGGAGUGCCCCCGGACGUGAUGGGCAUCGGACCGGCCUAUGCCAUCCCUGCAGCCCUGCAGAAGGCCGGUCUGACUGUUGCCGAUAUUGACGUCUUUGAAAUCAACGAGGCCUUUGCUAGUCAGGCGGUGUACUGCGUGGAGAAGCUGGGCAUACCCUUGGAAAAAGUCAACCCCAACGGAGGAGCCAUCGCCCUGGGCCACCCGCUGGGCUGUACCGGGGCUCGACAGGUCGUCACCCUGCUCAGUGAACUCCAGCGCAGGGGCAAGAGGGCGUAUGGCGUGGUGUCAAUGUGCAUUGGAACAGGGAUGGGAGCUGCUGCAGUUUUUGAAUAUCCUGGAAAGUAGUCCUGGAGUGGUGUGUGAAUGGUCUUAACCAGACCUUUUGGUCAAAACACUGAAGGACCCUAAAACACUGAUUGUCAGUGGGCUUGAAGCAGAACAGACUGCUGUACUAAUGCAAUAAAAUGCUAAAUACCCCAGCCACUAUUCCUUUAUCAUGUCUAAUAAAAGAUAUAAGCACCUUACUUGUUCUGUUACAGUUUUUAAGUUAUGUUUGAAAAGCAAAAAUUUGUUAUACUAAAAUUACGAUUAGUAAUGCAACAUUUUGAAAGUGAUAUUGAUAUCUUCCAUAAAUAUCUAUCACCAGAAUAUUUCAAUCUAGCUAUCUAUCUAUAUAGUGCAUUUCACAACAAUUGUCACAAUACGCUUCACAUACAACCCUGGCCUAAACCCCCACAGGAGCAUGCCUAAAGCAACAGUGCCAAGUAAAACUCCCUGUGGCAGAUGGCAAGAAACCUCGGAAGGAACCAGGCUCAAGGGGGAGACCCAUUAUGCUCUGGUCAGCUCAGGGUUUAGAUUGUUGACCAACAUGGUCGGUCAGUCAGUCAGUGUUUACGUCAGCCAAAUUGGUGGCAACUAAACAAAAUUCCUGAGGUAGCUGCUCAGAUGAUGGGCGGGGCCAUAAUACAAUAUUUGAGUUGAUAUAUGCUAUAUGAUAUAUGAUAUGAUAGGUGAUGUAUGUCUAGAUAUUGAGGUGAUUGCUGUUUUUCUGCUCUUCUCAAAUUGCAACUCUCAAACUGUUAAGAUCGGUUAGUUAUUAUUUGAUAUAAUUCCAUUGCAUUUUUCAUGCAAUCUGAUCAUUUGUUGCACUUCUGUCUUUUUUAAAAAGACUUUUCCAAAGAUCAGUUCUUAUGAAUCUGCUGAUACUGCUCUUCUAAUGUAUAGAGUGAAUGGCUAGUUUUUCAGAACUAGGGGGAACACUGAUGAUUCCUUGUAAAUGCAAAUGUCUAAUUUGUGUAAUUUAUCCAUGGAGUGGCUGCUCAACCUUCUACAAUUGUGGAUUUAUAUGACUAUUUUCUUUAAAAAUGACAAUUCAUUAAAUGGUACUUUUCACACUUGUGAACCAU